GUUACCUUAAAUGCGAUACAGACGAUGGCUGCGAGAACAAGGAAGAAGGCGGAGGGGAGGAACUGUUCGACACGGUCAAUUCCUCCAUCGUUUCCGGGGACAGCAUCAGGUUCUUUGUGAAUGUCAACUUGGACGUCCAACAGAAUGUGACAGUUCACCUCCUGUCGGAUACAAUUCAGGGUGUCACAGCGACCGUCACGGGGGUACAAUAUCAGCAGUCCUGGCUCUGUAUCAUUUGCACUAUCAAGUCCCUUCAGCGACGUCACGUCUGCAUCAGCCGGCUGGAGAGGCCUCAGAACUGGGGGGAGAACUCCUGCGAAGUGAGAUUUGUCAUUCUGGUGCUGGCCCCUCCCAAAAUGAAAAGUACCAAAACCGCGACCGAAGUGGGCCGGACGUUUGCCACCAUGUUUUCCGAUAUCACCUUCCGGCAGAAGCUUCUGGAAACGAAGACGGAAGAAGAGUUCAAGGAAGCGUUGGUCCACCAGCGCCACCUGCUGACCGUGGUGAACCAGAGGCCCUCGGCAGUGACGGAUGGCCACAAAACGCACAGCCACAAGCCCCUCAAGCUCCACGAGUUCUUCAAUGUUGGCAAGGGAAUUGUUGAUGACUUGGCACGAAGAUUUCCAGUCUACGCUCUGGACUUCACCGACGGCAUUAUUGGCACCAACAAAGCCAUAGGCAAAUACAUCACCACCAUGAUCUUUCUGUACUUCGCCUGCCUGCUGCCCUCCAUCGCUUUCGGCUCCCUAAAUGACGAAAACACGCGGGGAGCCAUCGAUGUGCAGAAGACCAUCGUCGGGCAGUGCAUCGGGGGGCUCGUCUACGCUCUGUUCUCAGGCCAGCCGCUAGUGGUGCUCCUAACCACAGCCCCUCUAGCGCUGUACAUCAAUGUGAUCCAAGGAAUCUGUGACGACUACCAGCUGGAUUUCGGUGCGUUCUACGCCUGCAUCGGCCUCUGGAAUAGUUUCUUCCUCUUGCUUUACUCCCUCUUCAAUUGCAGUCUUCUCAUGAAGCUCUUUAAAAGGUCCACAGAAGAAAUAAUUGCGCUUUUUAUAUCCGUCACGUUUGUGCUCGAUGCGGUGAAAGGCAUCGUUAAAAUUUUUGAAAAGUAUUAUUUGGACGUCAGUGCCAACGCCACGACCUUAUCGAAUUCGUCGAUGGACCACUCGGUAUCAGGGAACCAGACCGACGUCCACCCUGCCGCCAUCCACCACGGGCGCGAGACGGCCGUCCUCAGCCUCAUGCUGACGCUGGGCACCCUCUGGCUCGGCCACACGCUCUACCAGUUCAAGAAAAGCCCCUACCUGCACUCCAGAGUCCGCGAGAUCCUGUCGGACUGUGCCUUGCCCAUCUCGGUCCUCAUCUUCUCCGUCGUGGGAUCCUAUUUCUUCAAGGAAAUAGAAAUGUCCAAGUUCAACUACAACCCGUCGGAGACCAUGUUUGCGUUGGCACCCAUCCAGUCUCUCUCCAUCGGCUCCGUCAUGAGUGCCAUGGGCCUGGGGUUCCUCCUCUCCAUGCUUUUCUUCAUCGAACAGAACAUAGUGGCGUCGCUCACCAACGCCCCAGAGAACAGGUUAGUGAAGGGAACCGCGUAUCACUGGGACCUCCUCCUCGUGGCUCUGAUCAACACCGGGCUGUCGCUCUUCGGGCUGCCGUGGAUCCACGCUGCGUUCCCUCACUCGCCGAUGCAUGUCCGAGCUCUGGCCUACGUGGAGGAGAGGGUGGAGAACGGGCACAUCUAUGAGACGAUCGUGAGCGUGAAGGAGACCCGGCUGACCACGCUGGUGGCCAAUUCCUUGGUGGGCCUCUCGCUCCUGCUCCUGCCGUUCCCGCUGCAGCUGAUCCCCAAGCCCGUCCUCUACGGGCUCUUCCUCUACAUCGCCUUGACCUCCAUCGACGGGAACCAGCUCUUCGAGAGGGUGGCCCUCCUGCUGAAGAAAGAGCAGACAGCCUACCCUCCCACGCAUUACAUCCGCCGGGUGCCUCAGAGGAAAAUCCACUAUUUCACCGGCCUGCAGGUUCUUCAGCUCAUCAUUCUCUGCGGCUUUGGCAUGUCUCCGCUGCCCUACAUGAAGAUGAUCUUCCCUCUCAUCAUGAUAGGAAUGAUCCCCAUCAGGUAUAACCUGCUCCCCAGGAUUAUCGAAGCGAAAUACUUGGACGCCAUGGAUGCCGAACACUAGGCCAGAACAGGCCUUGCCCUUUGCAACAGUUCACAGCUCUUUCGGGGGGAACGAAAAGGAAGCUGUCGCCAGGCUGAGUUUCCUCGUCGGAAGUUGGUUCGCGUUGGAACCUCCGCGGCUUCCCAAGACGCUGCACUGCUCCCCGAAGGCCAAAGACUGA